AUGUCUUCCGAAGAAGUAGACACAUUCGAUAUUCAGGAGGAGGUGGUCAGCACCCACCACCCUAUCUUCAAGCUUAGAUACAGACAGGGUUCGCAGGCUUCGAUCGAGUCUGCCUCUAGUGUAGGGUCAGAAAGACUCCCGGUCAUCAAGGUUUUGGGAACCGGAGGAACCAUUGCUGCUAAGGGUUCCACUGCAUUCCAGACCGCAGGAUACCAUGUGGAUUUGACCAUCGAAGACUUGGUAUCAUCUAUUCCCGACUUGUCCCAUACUUGUGAGUUGGAGUUCGAGCAGGUAUUCAACCUCGACUCUAAGGAAAUCACCACCAAAGAGCUUUUAGCAUUGAGAAAUAAGGUCCAAGAGGACUUACACCAUUUUGAUGGUAUCGUCAUUACCCACGGUACUGAUACUUGUGAGGAAACCGCAUUCUUUUUGGACUCUACGGUAGACACCUUGGGUAAGCCAGUGGUGAUUUGUGGAAGCAUGAGACCUUCCACGUCGGUGUCUGCUGACGGACCUUCCAACUUGUACCAGGCGUGCGUAGUUGCUUCUGAUAAACAGAGCCGUGGAAGAGGUAUUUUGGUGACGUUGAAUGACAAAAUUGGCUCUGGCUACUACAUCUCCAAGACCGAUGCCAACUCGUUGGAUACUUUCAAGUCUUUGGGUCACGGAUACUUGGGUAACUUCGUCAAUGGUGAGGUGCACUACUACUUUCCAGCUCAAAGACCCACGGGUCUCAAAUACUUUCAACUUCCUUCCAACUUUGGUGGUCCAUUUCCAAAGGUUAUGGUGUUUUAUGCUCACCAGGGCUUCGACCAUGAAAUCAUCAGAUUGGCUGUUGAGACCAUGGAUAUCAAGGGUGUGGUCAUGGCCACAAUGGGUGCUGGGUCUUUGAGAGAUGAAACCAAUAAGAUGUUGGGUGAACUCUCGGCCAAGUUUAAUGUUCCAGUCGUGUACUCGAAGCGUUCUGUGGAUGGUAUGGUACCAAAGGGAUCGAUGCCAAAAACCAACAACGCUUACUUGAUUGCUGGUGGCUACCUCAACCCACAGAAGGCUCGUCUUCUUUUGCAAUUGUGUCUUUAUGAGCGCUUGGACGUGAAAAAGAUCCGCAAGGUGUUUUCUGCUUCUUAUGGAGGUUAA